UAGUGAUUCAACAAAUAGUUACUGAAGGCCUGCCAUGUACCGGGCUGAAUUCCAGGAGCUGGACAUCAGGCAAUGGAUGGGACUGGCAAAGUUUCUGUUCUUCUGGAAGAGAGUGACAACAGAUAAACAAGGAAACAAGCAAGGAAGUGUCAGAUAAGUGCCGCUUAGAAAAUCAAACCAGCUGAUAAAAGAGUCCCUGAGCGGCUACUCCGCUCCCCUCCUUCUGAAUACUCACCAGGCCUCCUCUAGGUCUAACUUUGGUUCCCCAAGGAGGCUUGGCUCCUAGAAAAAUCUCUAAGUGUGCCGGUCCAACAAAAGCCCCUGGGUCUGUUUGACUUGUUCGAGUGUCCACUGUGGAAGGAUUUGGGGAACCUGAAAAUACUUUGUACAGAUAACAUUUUUUUAAAAAAAGAAGAAAAGUAGAAGCACUUAAAUUCUGCAGUUGAAGAGACAGAUUCCUCUCCUAGAUUUUGAGAGGUAUGUGAAUGGCCAUGCAAAAAAACAUUAUGAAGAUGCACAAACACCCUUAACCAACCAUAAGAAAUCAGAAAAGCAAGAUAAAGUUCAGCACACAGUGUGUAUGGAUUGCAGUAGCUAUAGUACAUACUGUUAUCGCUGUGAUGAUUUUGUGGUUAAUGACACCAAGCUGGGAUUGGUACAGAAAGUCAGAGAACACUUACAGAACUUGGAAAAUUCAGCUUUCACAGCUGACAGACAUAGAAAAAGAAAACUUUUGGAAAACUCAUCACUAAACAGCAAGUUAUUAAAAGUAAAUGGAAGCACCACUGCCAUUUGUGCCACAGGCCUUCGGAAUUUGGGGAACACGUGUUUCAUGAAUGCCAUCCUUCAGUCACUCAGUAACAUUGAGCAGUUUUGCUGUUAUUUCAAAGAACUGCCCGCUGUGGAGUUAAGGAAUGGGAAAACAGCAGGAAGGCGAACAUACCACACCAGGAGCCAAGGGGAUAACAAUGUGUCUUUGGUGGAAGAGUUUAGAAAGACACUCUGUGCUUUAUGGCAAGGUAGCCAGACUGCAUUUAGCCCAGAGUCCUUAUUUUAUGUUGUUUGGAAGAUUAUGCCAAAUUUUAGGGGUUAUCAGCAGCAGGACGCCCAUGAAUUCAUGCGCUACCUUUUGGACCACCUGCACUUGGAACUCCAGGGCGGUUUCAAUGGUGUUUCCCGCUCAGCAGUUCUGCAGGAGAAUUCUACUCUGUCUGCAAGUAACAAAUGUUGCAUAAAUGGAGCAUCUACGGUUGUCACGGCUAUAUUUGGAGGCAUUCUCCAAAAUGAGGUUAACUGCCUCAUAUGUGGGACAGAAUCUAGAAAGUUUGAUCCAUUCCUAGAUCUUUCAUUAGAUAUUCCAAGUCAGUUCAGAAAUAAGCGCUCUAAGAACCAAGAAAAUGGACCAGUUUGUUCAUUACGAGAUUGUCUUCGAAGUUUUACCGACUUAGAAGAACUUGAUGAGACAGAGUUAUAUAUGUGCCACAAAUGCAAAAAGAAACAAAAGUCCACUAAAAAGUUUUGGAUUCAAAAACUACCCAAGGUGCUAUGCUUACAUUUGAAAAGGUUUCAUUGGACAGCGUAUUUAAGAAACAAAGUUGAUACCUAUGUAGAAUUUCCACUGAGAGGCCUAGACAUGAAAUGCUACUUACUAGAGCCUGAGAACAGUGGCCCAGAGAACUGCCUUUACGACCUCGCUGCUGUGGUGGUGCACCAUGGUUCCGGGGUCGGUUCUGGACAUUACACAGCAUAUGCAACUCACGAAGGUCGCUGGUUCCAUUUCAAUGACAGUACUGUAACACUGACUGAUGAAGACACCGUUGUGAAGGCAAAGGCCUACAUCUUGUUUUAUGUGGAACGCCAGGCCAAAGCUGGAUCAGAUAAACUUUAAUACCUCCUUUAAAUCUUUAUUUGUCAACUAUACCGGACAAACAUUUCCAAUUCUCCAUAAAUACUUGAUCCAAGAUUUAAUUUCAUUAUGCACUUUUCAAUGUCCUAUUUUGGGUUUAGUUUUAUUUUGUCAAUGGUAGUGACUUAUUGAAGAUGGGCACCAACUAAUUUUUUUUUUUAGUUCUACCAGAAAACCUCAGCAGAUAUUUUGAUUUGCUGCUUUAGUUGUAAUAAUUCAGUUUUUAUAUGUAGUUUCAAGAACUUAGUUCUAUUUGACUUUUUUAUAUUAAUGUCUUCAGUUCUCACUUUGAGGCACAUUUACAUCAUUGCUUUGUUACUCUCACAUGCUGAAAGCAAGAUACGUUCCUGAGUGUGAAGAGCAACGUACUGCCUGCUGCCUUUCCACAGCUAUCAUGGAGAUCAGGCUGACUCUAAAUCAAGGAUCAUGUGUGCACGUAAUUUGUGGCCCACAAGAUUUCAGCGACUGCUCAGUAAUCAUUCUUUUUGCUUGUCAAAGGUAACGGAGAGGGCGUCCUAAGUAGACCAGGUAAUUGCUGCUCUUGGUAUCUCUCAAGGUUGCUGUUUAUCAGCACUAAGUAAAUAAAUUUGUUGGGUCAGUUGUACCUGUACUGCAAAUUCAAGAAUUAUUGUUUUUUUUUUUGGUUUGGGGGUAUUGUUUGUGUGUGUUUUCAUGGAGGAGAUAGGAGUACAGAAAAGUCCCAAUAAGACCAAAUAUAUUUAAUGUUUAAAAAAUUCUGUGACUCAGCUAGAUUAUCCAGUGAGAUGAAACCCUAACUUCUGUUUGCCUUUUUGAAUCAGCAUCUAACUCCCCGACUAGUGUAGCACCGGGAGUAACUGCAUGCUCACUGCAGUCUUCUCGCCUGGCCACCUGAGGUUGAGAUGCUAAGCUCCAGAGUUGAUUCUGACCAUGACCUACACUUCAGGGCUUUUCCCUCAUGCCAUGUUGUCUCUGGCAUGUACGUGGCUGCUCGCUCAGACCUUACGCUGAGGGAGGGCUUCAUGCCAAGUCACAUGGCUCCUUGGAACAAGAAAACUUUCUCAGAAGUCCUCCCACACAGGUGGGUGAUAAAGUUUGUGGCAACACAAAUCUCUCUCCAUGGUGGAGAAACCUUUGCUUAUCCACUGUAUUCUACUCAGUGUCUAAUGAUGACAAGUAUAACAGAAUUAAACCAGGAAAGUGUACUGGCCCUGGUUAUGUGUUAAAUGUGUAUCUCACCUGUGGAACCUACUCAGCAGCGUGGUUUCCGGGGUUGGGGACAUAUUUAUUUGUUAAAGCCAAACCUCUCCUUCAUUGGUUUAGUGUACAUAAGUCUAUUUAGAUACAUACUUAUCCCACUUCAACCUCCACCGUUCCCUGAGCUCUCUCAUGUACCCUCUGUUGCUGAAGUGGCCUCUUCACUCAGGUCUUGGAAAAGCUCACGAGCAAAGUCUGUUGCUGCAGCCAGGGCCCGGGUCCUAGGUGACUGGAGUGUAACCACAGGAGCGCGCCCACAGCACAGGAAGAGGUGGGCGUGUGGUGCUGUCAUGCGUAGUCCACGGUCUGCAUCGCCUCACUGGGUGCGGCACCUCCCCCCUCAGGUCUGAGCAUGAUGGACUCCAGACUGCCCUCCCCCAGUGCUAGUUGUGCUGUGAUGUAACUGUUUGCCAUUAAAACCUAGUUUGUAUGAUGCCGAGAGGAUUAAUUGUGCAAGUGACCAAUUUCACUUAAGUUGUAAUCACAUCCCUUUUCCGCUUCACCAACCUGAACUGUUUUAUGGAAAGUAUCAUUAAAGGUCUGGACUCUUUC